UACCAACCACUUCCCUCUCGCCCGGUGCACCUGGCUGCAGGGGACCUCAUUCGGAGGGAGGACAGCGACAGCUCAGCGGAGUUGCCCGGCCCGGGAAAGGUGGGACAGCGCCAGCUCUGGUUACGGAAGCGGACGGUGCCCGGCGAGCAGGAUUCGAAAAUGCCCCGCGCAUUUCUGGUGAAGAAGCAGUGCGUCUCCACGUGCAAGAGGAACUGGAGCGAGCUCCCGGACGAGGAGCGCGGCGAGAUCUAUGUGCCAGUCAGCCUGGGCUUCUGCCCACCACAGUCCUACCAGGAGCCAGAGCCGUCGGUGGCGGAACCCCCUUCUUGCCCUCUGGUUUUGGACAUGAGUCUUCGGGACUCCAGCUAUAGUGUGGCCUCCGGGCCCUGUGUGGUGGCCCAGCUGCCCUCUGAAGACAUGGGCCACUUGACAGACCCUCAGAGCAGAGACCACAGCUUCCUGCGCUCCAAGAUUAAGGUGACCUUGGGGGACAGUCCCAGUGGAGAUCUCUUCACUUGCCACAUCUGCCAGAAGGCCUUCACCUACCAGCGCAUGCUGAAUCGUCACAUGAAGUGUCACAACGACGUCAAGAGGCACCUCUGCACCUACUGUGGGAAGGGUUUCAAUGACACCUUCGACCUGAAGAGACAUGUCCGCACCCACACUGGCGUGCGACCCUACAAAUGCAGCCUGUGUGACAAGGCCUUCACACAGCGCUGCUCUCUCGAGUCUCAUCUCAAGAAGAUACACGGUGUGCAGCAGAAGUAUGCGUACAAGGAGCGGCGGGCCAAGCUGUACGUGUGCGAGGAGUGUGGCUGCACAUCUGAAAGCCAGGAGGGCCAUGUCCUGCACCUGAAGGAGCAACACCCCGACAGCCCGCUGCUGCGCAAGACCUCCAAGAAGGUGGCUGUGGCUCUGCAGAACACUGUCACCUCCCUGCUGCAGGGCAACCACCACCUCUGAGUGGCAGUGCCCCAGCCAACCGCCA